CUGACGUUAACUUUUUCUUUUCAUGGAAUUAUUACCCUGUCCAUUAUGAUGGGUUCUGUCGACAGCCACACUCGAACAAACGUAUUUUCUCCCAUCCCGACUUUUGUCUCCCCACGCUCGAUACUACGUGCGCGAAAUGCGUAUCCUCGCCUAUGCACAACUAUUGGAAUCGUAUCGGAGCGUGACGCUAGAGAGUCUCGGUGACGCGUUUGGCGUGAGCGUUGACUAUAUCGACAGGGAACUCUCGCGGUUCAUCGCAAAUGGGCUGUUGCAUUGCACGAUCGAUCAAGUGCAUGGGAUCGUGGAGACGACCAGACCGUCGAUCAAGACGGCACAGUAUGAGCAAGUGGUCAAGCAGGGAGAUGUACUGUUGAAUUUCCUGCAGAGACUCAGUAAAGUACUGUACUGAUCACCGGCUGGCAUUAGUGUGGACUUUCCUUGCGUAAUCGUAAACUGAUCUGGCGUUGUCGGU